AUGGCGGAACGCGGAGGGCCGGGCGGUGGUCCCGGAGGCGCCGGGGGCGGCAGCGGCCAGCGGGGCUCCGGGGUCACCCAAUCCCCGCCGCAGCCGCCGCCGCCGCAGCAGCAGCCGCCGCCGCAGCAGCCGACGCCCCCCAAGCUGGCCCAGGCCACCUCGUCGUCCUCGUCCACCUCGGCGGCGGCCGCCUCCUCCUCGUCCUCGUCCACCUCCACCUCCAUGGCCGUCGCGGUGGCCUCGGGCUCCGCGACUCCUGGCGGCCCGGGGCCAGGCCGCACCCCCGCCCCCGUGCAGAUGAACCUGUACGCCACCUGGGAGGUGGACCGGAGCUCGUCCAGCUGCGUGCCCAGGCUGUUCAGCUUGACCCUGAAGAAACUUGUCAUGCUAAAAGAAAUGGACAAAGAUCUUAACUCAGUGGUCAUCGCUGUGAAGCUGCAGGGUUCAAAAAGGAUUCUUCGCUCCAACGAGAUCAUCCUUCCAGCCAGUGGACUGGUGGAGACAGAGCUCCAGUUAACCUUCUCCCUCCAGUACCCUCAUUUCCUGAAGCGAGAUGCCAACAAGCUGCAGAUCAUGCUGCAGAGGAGAAAGCGUUACAAGAACCGGACCAUCCUGGGCUACAAGACCCUGGCCGUGGGGCUCAUCAACAUGGCGGAGGUGAUGCAACACCCGAACGAAGGCGCCCUGGUGCUCGGCCUGCACAGCAACGUGAAGGACGUCUCCGUGCCUGUGGCAGAAAUAAAGAUCUACUCCCUGUCCAGCCAGCCCAUUGACCACGAGGGGAUCAAAUCCAAGCUGUCUGACCGUUCUCCUGAUGUUGACAAUUACUCUGAGGAAGAGGAGGAGAGUUUCUCAUCGGAACAGGAAGGCAGUGAUGACCCGCUGCACGGCCAGGACCUGUUCUAUGAGGACGAGGAUCUGCGGAAAGUAAAGAAGACCCGGAGGAAACUCACCUCCACGUCCGCCAUCACAAGGCAACCUAACAUCAAGCAGAAGUUUGUGGCCCUGCUGAAGCGGUUUAAAGUUUCAGACGAGGUGGGCUUUGGGCUGGAACAUGUGUCCCGGGAGCAGAUUCGCGAAGUGGAAGAAGACUUGGACGAGCUAUACGACAGCCUGGAGAUGUAUAACCCCAGCGACAGUGGCCCCGAGAUGGAGGAGACAGAGAGCAUCCUCAGCACGCCAAAGCCCAAGCUCAAGCCCUUCUUUGAGGGGAUGUCGCAAUCCAGCUCCCAGACGGAGAUCGGCAGCCUCAACAGCAAGGGCAGCCUCGGCAAAGACACCACCAGCCCUAUGGAAUUGUCUGCGCUAGAAAAAGUCAAAUCUGCUCGGAUUAAAAAUCAAGAUGACAGCUUGACUGAAACAGACACUCUGGAAAUCACUGACCAGGACAUGUUUGGAGACGUGAGCACGAGUCUGGUUGUGCCUGAGAAAGUCAAAACUCCCAUGAAAUCCAGCAAAACGGACCUGCAGGGCUCUGCCUCCCCCAGCAAAGUGGAAGGGGUGCACACCCCCCGGCAGAAGAGGAGCACCCCCCUGAAGGAGCGGCAGCUCUCCAAGCCGCUGAGCGAGAGGACCAACAGCUCCGACAGCGAGCGGUCCCCUGACCUGGGCCACAGCACGCAGAUUCCUAGAAAGGUGGUCUAUGACCAGCUGAACCAGAUCCUGGUGUCAGAUGCGGCCCUCCCAGAAAACGUCAUCCUCGUCAACACCGCUGACUGGCAGGGCCAGUAUGUGGCGGAGCUGCUGCAGGACCAGCGGAAGCCCGUCGUGUGCACGUGCUCCACGGUGGAGGUCCAGGCAGUGCUGUCUGCCCUGCUCACCCGCAUCCAGCGCUACUGCAACUGUAAUUCCUCCAUGCCGAGGCCGGUGAAGGUGGCGGCGGUGGGCGGCCAGAGCUACCUGAGCUCCAUCCUCCGCUUCUUCGUCAAGUCGCUGGCCAGCAAGACCUCGGACUGGCUGGGCUACAUGCGCUUUCUCAUCAUUCCCCUCGGUUCUCACCCAGUGGCCAAAUACCUGGGCUCUGUCGACAGCAGGUAUAGCAGCACCUUCCUUGAUCCUGGCUGGAGAGAUCUGUUCAGCCGCUCGGAGCCCCCGGUGUCAGAGCAACUGGACGUGGUGGGGCGGGUGAUGCAGUACGUCAACGGGGCGGCCGUGACGCACCAGCUGCCUGUGGCGGAAGCCAUGCUCACCUGUAGGCACAAGUUCCCUGAUGAAGACUCGUAUCAGAAGUUCAUCCCCUUCAUUGGCGUGGUGAAGGUGGGUCUGGUCGAAGACUCUCCUUCCACGACAGGUGAUGGUGACGAUGCACCCGUGGUCAGCCUGACUGUGCCUUCCACGUCGCCACCUUCCAGCUCAGGCCUGAGCCGAGAUGCCACGGCCACCCCUCCCUCCUCCCCGUCCAUGAGCAGCGCCCUGGCCGUCAUGGGGAGUCCCAGCAGCCCGUACGGGGACGUGAUUGGCCUCCAGGUGGACUACUGGCUGGGCCACCCCGGGGAGCGGAGGAGGGAAGGCGACAAGCGGGACGCCAGCUCCAAGAACACCCUCAAGAGCGUCUUCCGCUCAGUGCAGGUUUCCCGCCUGCCCCACGGCGGGGAGGCCCAGCUCUCCGGCACCAUGGCCAUGACCGUGGUCACCAAAGAGAAGAACAAAAAAGUUCCCACCAUCUUCCUGAGCAAGAAGCCUAGAGAAAAGGAGGUGGAUUCUAAGAGCCAGGUCAUCGAGGGCAUCAGCCGCCUCAUCUGCUCUGCUAAGCAGCAGCAGACCAUGCUGAGAGUGUCCAUCGACGGGGUCGAGUGGAGCGACAUCAAGUUCUUCCAGCUGGCAGCCCAGUGGCCCACCCAUGUCAAGCACUUUCCAGUGGGACUGUUCAGUGGCAGCAAGGCCCCCUGA